AUGCUCAUUGACCUUCCUUUCGACGUUCUUCAUCAGAUUGCUCGAUGCCUCGAUGUCAGAUCCCAUCACAACCUGGGAAAGACAUGCCACUUGCUGCACGAGCACCUUAAAGACGAGAACACGGCUAGGCACUGUCUAGAGCAGCAGAGUAGUAUUCGUCAUUCCACAUGGGCACGACUGGCUCUUUCAGCACCUACUAAGGGGCGCUUUAGACAGCUUUUGGAUCGAUGUUUACUCCAAAAAGAGUCAGUCCAAAAAGCGUCGCCUUAUUCGGCAACCAUCAUAGGACAUGGCACUAGCUUUGUGUAUGGCGCUGGCGUUCUGUGUUAUGCUAACCACGAGGGAAUUCGUAUCCUCGACCUCAACAGGGCAAACGCGACCGAAAAGGUCUUGAGCGGAAGAUUUUUCUGUAGCAAAUUGAGCUUUGAGGGCUCAGACAGCACCAAUCUAGACCCAGAAGAUCUUAAAUCUGUCCAAGUGUGCAGCUACUCCGACAUGAUUGUAAUAUGCCUCUGCAACUUCGGGCUUUUAGGACACUUCUUAUUUGCGGUCAAUAUUGAUGAGGAGUUCAAGCGCUCACCCCCUUGUCUGAAGAGCUCUAGCCAUGAUCGAAUUCUACUUCGUGUCAGAGUACGCUCAACCAACAGACUCUUUGUCAGACAUGAUUCCAGGCACCUGGUCUAUGGGACAUAUUCAGCUCGAGGAUUACAUGACCACCGAGAGUGGCUUCUAGAAGUCUAUGAUCUUGGCACGGGAAAAGCAGUAAGCAAGGAGCCUCUGCAGUUGCAAAAUUUCUAUGGGUCAGACGUAGGCUCUACUGCAUGCUUUACUAUCUCCGAGGGACAAUUCUAUGCAGUGACCAAUCAGACAAGCCUGGAAAGCGAAGAGGUGGACUGGACUAGCUAUUACCAUUUUACGAGCUUUCCCCUGGACGAGCCGUCUCCAGAUCUACGAAUACGAGUGAUUUGGCGCAGACAGCAUGUGGAAGGACCAAUCAAUGACGCCUGGACGUUGCUGGAAUUUCAACACGAUCAUCGGACUGGUGAGUCUCUGAUUGUGGAAUGUCGCAAGGAGUGGAUCAAUGGCGGCAGUCGCUCGUUCAGAACAUUUUACUCGCAGCCAUUCCGACGUGCGCAACAUCAGGAACUGACUGAUGGUCUACGCCAUCCUCCUGAUGACCCCCUGUCCAAGACCCUAGACAAGGAAAACAAUAGCCGGUAUGAGGCACCGAGGCCAAGAGCGAAAAAGUACGUUCAUACUGAGGCUGGCGCAUCAGGGGCCGUGAAAGAAUACAUCAGGGCAAAGACCAAAUGGAAUGGAUAUUGUUUUAACUCACAAUCGUUUGUCGAUAUAGUGACAGAGGAGUAUAGGAUAGAUGACGAUUGGCGGCCUAGAGAGCGUAUCAAGGUCCGUGUGGUUAGCCGGGAAGAAAUCUCGCCUCUCGUGCAAGAUACUGUGAAGCCGAGAAGGACGGGGGGCCUGAUAGUCCGACCGCGUAUCAGGGACAGGGAAGGACAUGAAAUGCUGGAUGGCGAAGAGGACUUUACCGCCAGUCACAUAUCACUCUGGCCGUCUGACGACGCACCUCAAUUGUUACACGAUAUCCUUUGCCCUGGUGGCCGGGCUGGUGAGGUGAAGGCCAUACUGGGAGAUGAGGGUCUCAUCUACAUGGCCGGCCCACCUGUUCCAGGAGGCCAUGGCGAAAGAGCACUCGUUUUCGUGAGUUUCGAUCCUACCUUUGGGUUUGAGGGCAUGACGAGGCUUGAUGGCACUCCUGCUCACGAGAGGAGAAGGGAUAAGGAGGAGUCCACACCCAGUACGGCAACAAAGAAGAGAAAACCCCCAUCUCACGGUGGUCAGGAAGGAGACAACACCGAUUGUCCUCCAGAUAAGGGUGAGGGCCACAGCCAUGAUUUCGAUUCUCCAUCCCUGCCGGAUCGGACAAAACGAAUCAAGGCCCAUGAUCAGAAAACGCGCGGCGCUCUUUCAACCACGAUUGACUUGGACCGGUAUUCUAUUGUCUCCGGUCCAGCCAUGGCUGCACUGGCACCAACUCCGUUGGCAUUGCCCCCAGCUCUUCCUUCGCAAGAAACUUCGGAAAUACCGUCCUUCUGCCCCUUUACGCAAGAAGGGGCCACGAAAAACCAGCCAUCCUCAUCAGAUCUCCAUGCCCGACAUCCCUCAGACGGGGGCAGGUCAACCAUCAACAGCACCACCACCACUGGCAAUACCAGCCUGGCCUCGAGCAUUGGCUUGCUGACAUGGCGCGAGAAAGCAAAGUACCUGUCUAUAGCGAAAAGUGUCUGGACGAGAUGA